AUGGUGGCUGCUUUUGCCGCUCCAGCUGCUGUCUGUGGCAGAGGCGGGCAGAGGGCGCAGUACGCGCAGCAUAAUCGGACGCUGAAGUGGAGUGCAGAUCUGAGGCCCUACCGGCAGUCCCUGGUGCAAGCGAUGACCAUCCAGGAUAACGAGAAAUCCACUUUAGAAGAAACAGCUAUUGCAAACAGCGAGAUCUCAGCACCAGGCCUGCAAAUCAGCCUUGAAUCUGGCCCCGUGGCCAUGCUAAGAGUCAGCUCAGAAGUUGAGCACACAGAACUUACGUCGAAACCAAAGCCAGUUGUAGACGCCGCGACAGCUGGCAGUCAGACAAUCGCUCUGGCCGCUAUGCAGGACGCUGACGACAAUUACAGCGGGGGGAUGCCGACAGGUCACAGAAUGCGAGGGGGCGGAGAGGAAGCACGGCCGGUGGAAGAUGACGAGGCGUCGCUAAUGGCAGCGCACCCCCCCAGGGUGGAGGAGAGGCAUGAGCAGGAGCGCACUGGCCCCCCUGAGAUCCAAGAGUCUGACCGAAGAGGGCUUGCGAUGGAAAACUCAUUUAGCGAAGAACGGGCCAAGGAUGGAGGCGGUGCAGGGGGUGCAGCUGACGAGAGGCCUGUUGUGGGGAGGUCGCUUUCAGAGCGGAGCGGGGGGUCAGAAAGCGAAGCGAGCGGGUCGCACAGCAAGAAAGAGGCAGACGGGGAGAAGCACAAGCACAGCCGGAACAACAGCCGCAGCGGACGGAAGCGGGACUUGGAGAAAGAAGCGGAGGAGCUGUUCAGGGCCCUUCCCGAGAGCGUCCGGAAAAACGUGAGCCACCAGGAGGUGGAGAACCGGCUCGAGAAGGCCAAGUCGGAAAAGCGGGGGUCCAACUCGGAACUAGGGGAGGCGGAGAAGCUCGACGCCCAGACGGGGGUCAUGGCGAAGCUGGUGAGCGAUACCGGGUCUGAGUCGGGGAAGGAGGGAAAGACGCCCGAGCGGCGGCCGUCGCACAGGACGGAACAGAACCCGCAGUCCAAGCUGCCGGAGAAAGUGAACGAGGGCCUGCAGUAUCUGAGUCAGAGCGCCAAGGAAGUGCUGGAGUAUGCGCCGCGACCGCUGACCCCUGUGGUCGCGUUAUUCUACCGGCUGUGUCGGGACGGGAGCGUGGAAAGCCUGACGUGGAACGAGGCAGGGGACGAGGAGAUACAGGAGCUGCUUCACUACGCUAAGUUAUGCAUGGGUGCAUACUCGCUAACAGCGGAAGAUGCGGUCAAGGACUCGGAGCACGUGGUCAAGGUGGAGUCGGUGGCGAAGCUCGUGUCGCACAAUGCGGAGGGGAAGUGCCCCGCGCAUAUCAUCUACCUGGACAAGGAGCGGCGGGACAUCGUGCUGGCGGUGCGUGGCCUGGACAUGACGUCAGUGGACGACUUCAACAUUUUGGAGGACAACUACCGGGGGCAGCAAGCGUACAUGGACGGGUACGUGCACGCCGGCUUCUACAAGGCUGCGCAGUGGUUGGUAGAGAACGAGGGCCCCUUCAUCGCGAACCUGGUGAAGGAGAACCCCGACUUCCGCCUCGUCAUGGUGGGGCACUCUCUGGGCGCGGGGAUCGCAAUGACCUUCACCAUGAUGAUCACCGACAACCCCGCAACGGUGGGCGGCUUGAGGGCGGAACAAAUCAAGUGCUACGGCGUCGCCCCUCCGCGCUGCUUCUCCCUCGACCUCUCCGUCAAGUACUCCCACGUCAUCAACAGCGUCGUCUUGCAAGACGACUUCCUACCGCGAAUCAGCACCGCCACUGUGACCGCCAUCUUCCCCCUCGCCGGCAAGACCAACUGCUUCUGCCGCUUCAUUGUCAACUACGCUUGCUGGUCUCUCUGCAAACGCUGCUUGCGCGACACGUUCGUCCCCCAGAAGGCGCUCCUGCAAGACCCGUACCGGCUCUACCCGCCCGGCCGAGUCUACCACGUGGUACAUAAGUUCCCCUGCACGUGUAGCUGCGCCAAGGCGCCCACCAAAGUGAAGACGGACAUCCCGGUUAAGAGCCGCUUCGAGCGCGCGGUGCUGACGGGCUCCACAUUCUUCGACCACAACCUGACGGCGCUCAUCAGAGUCCUCAAAGAGGAGCUACAUGUCCCCGAGUACCGCCCGGUUCUGCAGGCCCCGAGCGAGCAGAAGCUGCAGCGCGCGAGCACGAUGCGCCGCGAGCAGGGCCGCGCGCUGCGCCAGAUGGCGGACGUCCAAACCAUGCGCAAGGACAAACCCCCGCCCAAACCCAAAGGCCCGACCGCGAAGGCGCCCGCGCCGAAAUACCCCGGUCUAGUUCGCCAGGGCUCCCGGCGACUCUUCCCCCGAGAACUAGAGAUGCUUGGUUCUGCUUUGGGACAAUCGCCCGGUCACGAUCUCCAAGCGAAGACGCAGGGGCCGUUUACGCAGUCGAUCCUGCAGCGGAGUAUGAGCACGCCGCUGGGGGGGCCGGAUGUGGGGGAAAAGAGCCCCCCCGAGGGGUCGACCGAGGCCGCAGCGGCGGCGGCCGUGGCGAAAGCGGACGGGAAGGAAACGGGACGGAGACUGGACCAAAGGUUGUCGAUGACCAGGAGUCUGGAUUCGCAACCGACACCGAGGAACCACCGGUCGUUGAGUCUGGUUGAGGAGGGAGACUUUGAAGGGGAACUGACGCCGCGGGCUUCUGACACGUGGCAUAACCAGGAGGGGCGAGAUGCGGCAGGACAGAUAAAUGAAGACGUGGCAGGACAGCGGAACGAAGACGUGGCACGAGGGUCGGACGAUUUGCCGGGCGGGUAAUCCAGGACACGGCGAAGGAGAUCCGCAGUUGAAUGCUGCAGCCAAAUUAGAGAUAUGGAUUUGCUGAUUGAAUGGGAGACGAAGGCAGGUGGGGGAAAGCAGAUGAGCGCAUUGCUCCAAGCUUAAAUUCGAAGCGGAAAGCGUCGCAUGUACGAGCUCCUCUUCUAAGAUGCUUCACAUUAUGCCGCUCAGCUUGACAGCUGAAUAUCGACAGUUUUGGCCCAUCUCAAGUGCUUCGCAGUCUAUGUGUUCAUAGGACCGUCCCAGAGUGUAAUCGAAGUACCGGGGUGCAAUGCUGUAUGGCGGAUCCAACGGAAUUGCUUGGACUCGGAUACUUGGAAACAUUAUGUCAGCCGGCCAUCGAAGAUGACGCGAGUAGAUUAGAUAGGCCCGAACACUUAAUGCUAUGUGACGGACACACACCUUCAAAUGAAGGCCGGUAAACUGAGCACGCUAGAUUAGAGCUUUUAGGUUUUACGAGAUUCACUCGCCAAGAUGAAUGGAUUGUCUGGCACAUUGUCCCAUGUCUUCGAUC